ACAACAGCAGGAGUGAUCUCACCUCCUCUCCACCCCUCUCCUGUCUAUCGCUGCUGCUGCUGCUGCUGCCAGCCUCCUAAAAAACACCCGAGCGCAUUCAUCCGCGUGCAGAGCUGGUUCGCUGAGGUUUUCCUUAACUCCCGAGACUUCACGGUGGAUUUCCAGGACCAGGACCACUACUGAGCGAACCCGAGCCAUGGAAGAACUUACGGCAUUCGUGUCGAAAUCUUUCGAUCAGAAAACCAAGGAGAGCAGCAAAGAGAGUAUCACGUACAGGGAAGUUUUGGAGAGCGGCUUGACGAGGGCGCGUGAGCUGGGCAGCCCGGAGACGAACCUGCAGGACAUAACGGAGGGCUGCCCGGUGCAUCUGUUCAAGGACCAUGUCGAGCUGGAAAAGGAGAAACUGAAGGACUUUAAUGUUUCCAGGGCGACAGAGGGUAAGGAACUGAUCCGUGUUUGUGUAUUUGGGGGGAAAUGUCUCAAGUUCAGUUGUUUUCUACCGAGAGCGACGGCUUCGCUUUUCACAAAUCCAAACAAAUCCACGCGUCACGCCACUCUCUAACACAAUACACGUAACGUUAAGGUAGAUUUACAAUUAUCAAACAAAAUUCUGGUGUUAAAAUGUUUUAUUUCAUAAAGCAGGAGGCGGGCCCUUCGUGGUCUGUUCUUCCUUUUAACUCUUUGCUUUUUAGUUUUCACAGACGGAGUUUUACGCGAAACUAAACCCCAAUGUAUCAUUUAAUAAAACAAGCAAAACAUGUGUUUUUACCUAUUUUUAUUAUAUUUAAUUAUGUAUAAUUCAUUUUAUGCGCAAAAAAAGAAAUAUUCGGCGACUUUAGAGAAGGUGUAGUGGAAACCUCCUCUCGUCGAUUUUCUUCUCUUUUAUACUUUAACAGUAAAAAUCCUCUUCUGUGGGAAAUACUUGAUUUGAUUUGCUCUUAUUGAAACCUUCACCUAAUAGAUAAUUGUGCAGUAGUGCUCACUUUUACGAUAACACUCAGCACGGUUGUAAUCCUCUUGCAUGAUGCUUCUCUGAGUGUCAUUUUUAGAGUUUGUAAUUCCUCUAAAAUUAAAUAACCAAACACUAAACGCACUCUUUAUAAAUUCUGAAAAGCAUAUAUCUUCAUUAUUUAUAGAUUAUCCAGAGUCUAUUUGCUGGACAGGCCUGUAUUCACCCAGCAGUCAGAUAUAGUGUGUAGAGUUUCAGACAUUUAUUGUGACAUCUAUAUUAUUUUUACCUGUUUCUAUAUUUAUCCUACAGCAGGAGCAGGAAAAGCGUCUGAAUGUUCUUCUUUACUCUGCCUUAUAUUUUUCAUUAAUUGUCAGCUACAAGCCAAAAGCACAGCAUUAAUUAUCACCUCACCUUAUAUUUUAUUACAUCUUCUAAUUAAAUUUAUCUAGGCCACUCAGAACAAAAAAAAAAAACUACUGAAAAAAAAGAAAAAGAAAUAUGGAAAAACAAGGGAUGUAAUCUACCCGAUCACCUGUCAGGUGUGUUAUUUUUCACCAGCGCAUGCCUCAUAGUGCGUUAUGGAAUAAUAACAUACUCUUCAUAACCUAUAGUUGAUUGGCAGCCUUGCAGCGUAUUAAACGGGGUAAAUUUCAGACAUAUAAAGGUUUCAAAGUACUUCUAAAGUCCUCUGAUGAAAUGUUAAGAGUGGCAUUGUGUAUUUAAAGCCUCAUCUAUCCUUCUGUGUGUGUUUUAAAAGAAGGAAAGAUCUUUGCCGUUUAUCCCGGGCUUAAUUCUCUGCUCUUUGAAUAGCCUAUAACCUUAUUAGGCUUACAUGCCAUGGCUGACUGAUUCACUUCUAUAGCGGCUCUGACAUUACAUUAAGACUUAUGGAGGCUGCAGAUGCUGCUACAGGCCUCUCUCCAGAAGAUAUGUAUGCGCUGUUGCCAAAUUACCAAGCCUGAGGCCCCCCUAAAAGAGGGCCAAGUGUGGGUACACGGGGGCCAGUAAUGCAUGUCUGAGUGUUGAUGCAGUUCUUCGAAGAGGCUGACUUCUCUACUGUGUUUCUUGCGGGCCGUGAAACAGGGAUAUACGAGUGUAAGGAGAAGAAGGAGGACGUGAAGUCCGAGGACGAAGACGCUCAGGGCAAACUGAAGCAGCGGAGGAGUCGCACGAACUUCACGUUGGAGCAGCUGAACGAGCUGGAGCGGCUGUUCGACGAGACGCACUAUCCGGACGCGUUUAUGAGAGAGGAGCUGAGCCAGCGACUGGGACUGUCCGAGGCCAGGGUGCAGGUUAGAAAACUCUCUUUGUCUUUUCUUUUCUCUUUUUAUGUCUGCACUGUUCUUAUUUUUAAAAAAUGGCGUGCAUACGUGAAGCUGCUGCUGCGUGAGCCACAAUUGAGAAAGGAUGUUUAUUUGGACCAACAUUCCUUGAGGGACUGUUUGUGAGCCUGUGUACAGGGUUCAUCCUGUCCAUUUGCUAUCUUUACAUAAGAAUAGAGCUAUUGUAGGACCUUGUUUAUCCUCGGAAUGUUCAAGCAAAUAAAAUACAGGUUUGAAGUGCCAUUUACGCGCCAUUUUAGAGUUUUAUCAAUGUCCUAACAAUGCAUUAAUUCACUGUAGAUGAAAAUAAAAAAUAGUGCUGCGUGACAAUUCCUGCAAACCAAAUAUUGAUCAUCUUAUUUUACACAUUGAAUCAUGCACAGUAUUGCAGAUUACAAAGUUUGGCGUGGAGCUGGACAACCUUUUUGUGCUUUUAAAAAUACGAAUAAAUAUAAAUAUAUAUUGUGUCACGUUUAUGGCGAGUUUCCCCUGUUUUUUUGUGCUACUAAGAUGCAAGUCAGUUUACAAAAUGCAUAAAAUAAAUCUAAAGAUCUGAAAUAUGAAAGGCUCACUGGUGUGCAGGUUGACCUCACAAGCCCAGGAGAUGAAUAAUAUCAGAAAUAUUAUUGUAAUAUUCUUCAGGAAAUUCAUAGUGGAUUUAUCGUGUUUAUGAAUAUAGUUUAAAAGCUUUAUUUAUAUCUAUAAAAAUUCACAAGCUUGGAAAUUAAACUGCUUUUGCAUGCAAACUGCACAGGAUUUUCUUGCUCUAAUUUACCUGCAGUGAGGUUCUUCAAUAACAACGAACGUGCUUUUAUUUUGUAGUAUCGAUGAGUCUGUGAGUGAUAUCAAACAAGUGUAAACUGCUGCAAAUCGCGCGGGACCUAACAACCUCGUGAACUUACAGCUGCAGGCCUGCACAACCCAAAAACACUUCUCCGAUCCCAGCAGCCUUCAGGGGGUGGAGAAGUAGCAAGAAGAAAGAAAUCCAAAGCAAUCAUUAAAAUGAAUGAAGAGCCUGAAUGGCUGCUUCAGGGGACGCGCUCUUAUGUCAACUCGGAUCCCUCCUCAUUUUCUUUGUAAUAUCUGCCAUUGGCUUGAUGUAGUGUCCCCAUAAAAACAGAUUAGAAAUAACUCGAUUUCGGCCCAACUGUGCUGCUGUUCAGCUAUCUAAUCUGGUAAACAAGAGCCAACAUAGAGGCUGGAUAUGGAGCUGAACAUUGUCAGAAGAAGGUGAUAAUGUGCAACGAUUACCAGCAAAGUUAAAUGAGGGUGUUAAGAUAUUUUCAAGGUUGUCCAUAAAAAAAAAGAAAUAAUAAUAAAAAAAACAACCAAAAAGACUCUGUGUGUGUGUGUUUGCUGUGACCUGAAACACACAGAAAGGCUGUUUAUUUUCUCUCUCCUCACUCUGUAAAGCUCCUUUAAAGUCACUUUUUUAUGUGGUGUUUUUCUCCACAUUUAGAGGCUGGGAAAUCGCAGCAGGGCUCGUGUAGGCUGAGGAAAAACCUGCACGCGCUCCGAGCAGCUGUCAAUGAAUCUAAUUGAAAGUUAUGAGAGCUUGGUGAGGAGCAGGCACUAAUUCAGUUAGGACUAAUAUCUUUGGGUUUCUGGCGCGCUGCUAAAUUAAAUGUCAUUAUUCACUGUCUCUAUUAAAAAAUCAAAAAGGAAAUGAGAUUAGGGUAUUUGUGAAGCGCAUCAUUGAGUGGCCCUUAAUGAAGAAAUAACUGUCUGAACCAGUGUAGUUCACUUUGCUUAACAUACUGGCGCGUAAUUGGAAUUGAUCUCGGGCCCAUCUAAUAUUAGCCUUGAUUUAUCUGAGGGAUUGCUGUGCGUCUAUGCAAAAUCACCUGAGACUCUCAUUAACACUUUUUCGAGCAUCUUUUACUGCUGGAGCCACAACUGCUUACACACACACACACACACAUACACACACACACUAUAUUCAGGAGCAAUAAUAACAAUAAUAAUAAUAAAAAAUACUAAUCAUAAUAAUAAUAAUAGUAACAUUUUUUUUAAAAAAUACAGCAUUUUGAAUUUUUCUCUGGGAUUAACAAAGUAUCUAUAUAUCUAUCUAUCUAUCUAUCUAUCUAUCUAUCUAUCUAUCUAUCUAUCUAUCUAUCUAUCAUUUUGAAUUAAUGUUCAAAUCGUUGCAUUCUAAAAAAAAAAGCAUCAAACCGUCUUAUUCUGCUAUGGAAAUAUUGUUAAAAUAUUCCUCAAUGUCUCAUUUUAAUUAAAAAAAAUUUAAUUUUAGUGGGAUACUUCCUCACUGUCUUAUUUUAGAUUUAAUCACUGAAAGGGCCAUUUCAUUAAAAAAAAAUCAUAAACCUCUACUUUUAUUUUGAAAAUAUUCAUGAAUGAUUAAUUUCGCCGUAAUAUUUUUAAUAAAGUCGCAUUUUAUUGUGAAAAUAUCUCUUGACGUCGAUUGUAAUCGCGAAGAUUGUGUUGAGACAUCUCCACAUCGUGUUUCUCCUAAAAAAUAAUUUUUUAACUUAUUUUUUAAAGCCAAAAAGGUAAUUUUCCUCAUCUUUUCCUCUGUUUCUGUCUUGUCUUGGUCUCCAAACUUUAUCGACUGUCCUGUUAAUAAUAAAUGUUGGUCGUCGAUGUUCCAAAAUGGCUCCGCGCACGUGCUCAGCUGCACCUUGACUCGUCGUCGUCGUCAUCAUCAUCAUCGUUUUCAUCAUUAUCACGCGCGCCCUUUGUGGCCCACGACCAGCCGCUAAUUUGGCAUCAGUAAAUGAUAAUGACUGCGGGGUCGAAGGGGAGGGGAGAUAAUGUUAUUCACCGUCUGAAUUAGCUUGAUGAUGAUGAUUAACAAUAGGAGCUAGCCUGAAGCUUUGAAGACACACAACAAACUGAAGGCUAGUUUAAUGGAGGGUUUACUCACUAAUAAUAGUCUGAUAAUCACACCCUUCUUUGAGGCCAUGCUAUCUUCUCUUUGCUAAGUUUGUUGGCAUUUUCUUAUACUGUAUUAUUAACUUAAAGUUGCUUAAGUGUUCCCCUUAGGAUUUACUGUGGAGUCUAGUCAUGUUGUGGUUUUAUUUUUCUUUCUUUUUUCCUUUUCUUUUUUAUUUUUUUUUGUGGUGGCCUUCAUAAUUGUCACCCUUUCUGUAUUUUCUUUCAUCACAGUGUACUUUUUUCUUUCUUUUUGCACUAAAAGGUGACUGGUGCCAUCAAAUGAUUUUCCCCCUAUUUUUAUAGUACACAUUAAAUGGCCUUUUUUAGGCACUGUGACUAAAACCAAGAAUAUUAUUAGAGGCUUUUCGUCAAACGCUGCAUUCAGUCUUUUGAUAUUUUUUCCUAACAGAUCAUUUUCUUUUUCUAUCUCAGGUCUGGUUUCAGAACAGAAGAGCAAAAUGUCGAAAACAAGAGAACCAGAUGCACAAAGGUAACCGAAAGUCGCCUUUCAUAACCUCUUUAUUAAUAUUUUUCCUCUCAGUUCCUCUUCUUUUAUUUUAUUUUCUUAAAUUUGACACCAUUUUAACUGCAUGUGUAAAAAACAAACAAACAAAAAAAACUUUGACCUCCUCAUCUCACAUAACAACAACUGUCUGGCUGUCUGACAGACAUCUUUCCCUUCUCUCCAGGUGUUAUUCUGGGCUCUGGCAGUCACCUCGAUGCGUGCAGAGUAGCACCCUAUGUCAACAUGGGCGCCCUGCGGAUGCCCUUCCAACAGGUAGGGAAUAUAUUUUUUGCAAAGCUUUGAAAUUGUCAAAUGUUUAAACAGGAACACAAACUUGAAGUGGAUAUAAAAAUGCAGAAAACGAGCAAAAAUAGAGGCUGGGCUGCUGAGAAAAAGUGGUUACUCAGCAUGUUUUAGGGAGGAGAGAUGCAAAACAAAAAGUAAACAGGUCAAAGAUUCCUCAGUUGUAGGUACGAGUGUGUGUGUGUUGAAGGGUUUGCAUGUUGUGAAGGCCCUCUAUAAUUUCACACGUGAACCUGAGACAUUAUGCAGCUUUAAUGUGAGAGAAAUUGGAGUGUGUGUGAGAGUGGAGCAGUCAGACCUUGCUGCACCUUUCACCUCCUGACUGUGUGCAGAAGAGAGGAGAAGGGUCGGGGAGGUGGACAGACAUCUGAUCUGCUGCUCUGCCUCCGCGUCCCCCGGCCCGCUGUGUUGUCCGCCUGACCCCUUGUGAAAAAGCAGCGGCCUAAUUAAGCCAACAGUGCGGCAGGCAGGCGCGAGCACAUAAAAGAGAUGAUGAAAGCGGGGGGAAUGGAGUGGGCUCUGAUGGAUAUUGGCGUUGAGCUGCGCUGGCAGGGGUGGAGGCUCCAGGCCCGCAUACCGAGAUAGGAGUGCUGUUUGAGGUUGGAAUGGUGCACUGGUAUCACAAUGCAGCAUUUUCAACUAGGGAAUGGAUUAUGGUGUGGUGGGUUAAGGUGCACGAGUUGAUUUCUGCAAAAUUUGAGGUUUGAAUUUGGCCUUGGACCUUCCUAGCAUGUCUGCAUUCUUAUUUUUUUCUCCUCCCAUCUACCAAAAGUAAGGAAAGCUGCUUGGUAAACUCAAGAAUAUGAAUGCUGUGAAUGUGUGUGCGUGUGCGAGACUUCCACGGCUGCAAACAUGAUACACACAGCGUGAUGCACGAGAAUUUCAAGCAGUCACCACCUGUUUUGUCAGGGAUGGGUCCGAUUCUGUCAAAGUUUCGAGAAGCUAAUUUGUACUUUUCCAUCAAGGCUUUUACAUUCGAAUCGAAUUUCAUUUAAAUGCAAUCAUUUAGAUUUGAAAGUUCUCAUCCAAAGCUGCUGUUUGUUCGUGGAUUGUUCCUAAAAGAUUUUAUCGAAGCGUUUGUUGUUUGGCUGUGUUUGGAUGCUGCUGAGCAACUUCAAAUGUGCAGCUCAAAUUUAAUUUUCCCUUUCAUUUAACAACUUCAACAUGAGUCAUUUUCAGUAUUUUUAUCCCCCCCCCCCAGAUAUGAAAGGAGGCAAAGUGAGAAACUAAUAUUUGGCGGAGUUAAAACUUUGACUUUAAAUCGUUCUAUUUUGGUUGGAGUAGAAAGCUCGAACACUUGAGUUUUUCCCCACUUCUUCCUGCGGUGUUUGAAACACAUGAGGAAUGGCAACAGGCUCAGCUCUCUCCCUCUGAAGUUACUGGAUGCUUAAUUUUCACCUACUUCUUAUAAAAUAAUUGCCAAGAAUGUGAAAACUGAUAUUCUAUGCUCCUUAUGGUUCCCUUUUUUCCCCCAUCGACUCAGGAAUAUGUCUGGAUAAAUAUUUAUAACUCCAAAUAUGUGAAUAUCUUUUUAGUGCAAAAUUGUUUAUUUAUGCAAUUGAAUACAUAAUCAGGAUAACAAGACUCGCAUAUUUCCAAGGGUAUAAGCGAGUUCUCAGUCUGAAUUAAACAAAUCUGUUUUGGGUCCUAGAAACACUUUGAUUCUGGACGAUUAAAUUGGAUGUGGUGUCUGAGAGCAAUGUAUGAUUCAUUAACUUUUAGAAUAGCUGACGUGAAAAAAGGGCUAAAGCGCAGAGUGCAGCCUUAACUAUUUUCUUAGAAAACACAGAGUAAGCAACAGCUCCGAGGGGGUAACAUUUGAGGGGGAGUUUAAUGGUGUCAGACUGUGAAACCUAAAUCCUCACACACACAUUCACACACACAAACACAAACACAUGAGGCCUGUCUAACUCUGUGUUUUCCCGUCCCCGCAGGUCCAAGCCCAGCUCCAGUUGGACGGCGUCACCCACUCCCACCCCCACCUGCACCCUCACCUGGCCGCUCACGCUCCCUACCUGAUGUUCCCGCCCCCUCCCUUCGGACUACCAAUCGCCUCGCUGGCUGACUCGGCCUCUGCGGCGGCAGCGGUGGCAGCAGCUGCCAAAAGCAACAGCAAGAACUCAAGCAUCGCCGACCUGCGACUCAAGGCAAGAAAACACGCCGAGGCUCUGGGACUCUGACCCCAACCGGGCCGCCUCUCCGCUCGCCUGAUGCCCACAAUCGCCUCUCACACAAGACUGAGCCUGUGAAAGGGCCGUGACACUCACAGCUAAAACUAAACUAAACAAAAACACUGAGAAGUGAGAAUGAAAGAGAGGAACACAUACAGACAGAGGGGGGAGAGAGAGUGUGUGAGAAAGAGAGAGAGAGGGGGAGGAAAAAAUAAAAAAAAAAGGAGGAGGGGAGCGAGAAAAUUGUCACAAAACCAGCUGCCAAAACAAACCACUUGUAGAGAAACGGUAAUUAAAUACCAGUGAAAUCACCUUUUACUUUUCGCCCCAACAGGCAGGACUUCUGCGGGGCCAGUGGCUCAGUCCACUCCAGGCACAGAUCACAUCCCAAGGACCGUACAAACACAUGUGGAUGUCUGUCUGAGGGCCGGGGGUCCGGGGCCCCGACAGAGCAGACGACGUUAGAACAAAGCAAACUGGCAGACAGCAGCAGCAGCAGGGCCAGAAAAGCAGAGCCGCCUUCGCUCACACUCGCUGUUGUGUUGACAAUACAGACGGGGUUGAACAUUUUUUUGUGGACUCAAACAGCAACUCACGGAAGCGUUUGGAAGUGCUCUCACCUUUACGCUCGUCUCCCCCCCUCUCUCCGGGCUCCCCUCUUCCACCACUUUCACUCUUAAAAACAAAAACAGAAACAGUAACAAACGGCCAUAUUUGUCUCCAACCACUGUGUUCCCUGCUGCUGCAGAGUGCAUGAGCUCUAAAGGAGGACCACACCUGACAUAAACGCUCAACAGCUGUUUUUAACACUGCCGUUCUCCAUGCCCACAGCCCCCCCCUCCUCUGCAAAGUGAAAGCUCUCCAUUACGGUUCGAUACCCGUCUUCUUCUUUGGACUUGUGCUAAAACAAAAGCAACAACUUUAUUGUUCCUUUGCUGCAGAACGGAAAGAUGUUACCCCCCCUCUCUUAUUCUCUCUCUCUGUCUUUAUUUCUUUCUCGUUCUUGUGUUGUAUCCCGGGUAAAGAAGUGAAGAUAGCCUUUGCACUUCAGGGUCUUGUAUGUGGGUGUUUACAAAUGGCACUACAAGCAGAUACUACUUUACUAAUGAAAAAAACGGGGGAAAAGGGGGCAGGGUUUGAUAUCGUCAUGUGAUUCCCAAAAAGGACAUUAUCUUGGAUAAAGGGUAUAAAAAGCGUUUUUGUUUUUUCUCUCUUUUUCUUUUUUUGUAAUUCUGAAAAUAUGAAGAAAGCAUCAGUCAAACUGAAAUGCAAUGGUGUGCAGUUUAAGUGCAAUACUGUAAAUAGCAAAAAAAGUAAAAAAAAAAACAAAAACAAAAAACAGCUAGCAGUUAAUCCUCAACGAUAAAGAGACCCAAUGAUUUUUCAUUUGUUGUUUUUUUUCAUGCACUGUUGAGAGUGUUGAAUUUCUUUGCCAAACACACCGGUUUUUCUAAAGCUGAGUGUUUUAUUGAGUUGGAGAAAAGUCACGUAUCAUGACAAGGUGCCAUAUUCCAAAUAUCCUCUUGUGUGCGUUUGAGCAGUUUUGUAUACAUUCAGUUCAGAUGUUGAGGAAAACCUGAGCACAUUUUUGGAUAUAUUUGGGUUUAAAAUGAUUCAAAAUCUCUAUUUGCUACUCCGCGAACAUUAGAAACACAGAUCUUUCAAUUGAGAUCAAUAAAUCGGCACUGUAAACCAAAACCAAGCAGUCGUUUACAACAGGAUUAGCUUAAUUCUGCAUGUUAGAUGUGACUUUUUAUCAUUCAUUUCAAAACAAUUCUGUACUUAACAAAUUGAUCAAAAACAAACCUUCUGAUUAUUUUGGAGUUCAAGGAUUAUAUCACAAACAUUUCCACACUGCUGUCAGAGCUGCGCCACACAUGUCGAUCUGUUUCAGAUCACUGUACCUCUAACAGUCUCCAAAACCACCUUUCCUCUGCGAACAGACCUCCAUUUAGAAUCGUUUAUCUAUGUCUCCAUUUUAAAUUAAACAUAUUGGUGUUUUAUUUAUUAUUUUGUCUGAAAGUUUAUGAAAGAUAAAAUAGUUGAGCUACAAGUGUACAUUUUUACAUUGCUUUGCAUUUAUUUUUGUAUGUUUUUUUUUUUUUUUUUAAGUGUUAAAUUUGAAUUAGGAGGUGUGGCUGUAGUGCAUUGUUUGCCUAAAGGAAAAAAAAAAAAAUGUAGCGUGUCCGAGUUUACAAACAUUUCAGGGAUGGUUGAAUUGAACAAUACUCCAUGGAAUUUGUUGUACCCAUUCAAAUGACUCUCAUUUUACAUGCAAGCAUGCCUAAACAUGAAUCAUCGUACUGUUUGUUUUCCCCCCUUUUGAUUCACAAAAUAUGAAUGUACAUCUUGUACAAGUAAACUAUCAAUAAAGUUAUAAAUAUUUGUACUUGA